UCUGGACAGAACAUCCACGGUACCAUCAAGAUCUUUCUUUCAAAAUAAAAAUUAUGUGGACGAGGAAACAGAUUGUAACGGGGAAUCUUUCGUGAUGGGCAUAGAAAGCCACGAAGGCUCUCCGUUGUUACAAAGGACCCAUUCACUGUGCGUAUAAAGACAUACUUUCAAUCAAUUUUGAUAAAAAUCGACAUUUUAAUUUCUGAUGAAGUGUGUUGCAUUCGCCUGUUCCACGAGGGUUGAACAAUUUAAAAACACCUCUAACCAGUGCGGAAAAAACAAAAGAAUAUUCAGCAGUAACAAUCUACAUAUGAAGAGGCUAAUUGCAUGCUGCAUAGAAGACUAACUAUAAAUUGUUGAACAGAGUAUUUAUUUUUAAAAUAUUCACAAAGGUAGUCUUGGCCUAAUUCCACAUGUGUCAAUGCAUAGGUUUACAGUAUACAAUUUUAAUUGAAUAUUUAUUUUUUCUAGAAUGACUUUUUAUAUUUCUUUUUUCAGUUAAACGAAAUAAGUAAAAUGACAGUUAUUCGAACGACGGCCGUUAGACGGACAUCUACCCCAGUUAGCUCGCGUGGUCAAAGAUCGACGCUCGGCGCCGCGGCGCGGUCUGGAGCGGAUUGGCGCUCGUUGAACUUGCACGCGGAGCUGCAUGCGUGCACGUUCCACGUUUGCGACUGCAUGCAGAUAGCACGUAUAUAUGCAAACGCGCCCCUGCACCGAGCAUUCCACUUAUCUGCCUACGGAUUUCAUACGGAAUGUUAAUGGCAAAUGUACGAGAACGUGUACGCACGAUCGAUAAACAUCAAAUUACGCCAAAUAUUGCAUUUAUGCAUAGUCCAUCAUGCACGUACAAUUAGAAUUUAACGACGAAGUCGUGUCGUGAUCUCCCGGCUCUGAUAGCUUAUCAAUUUCAAUUUCAUUAAUAUUCAGGUAAAUCACCUCUUAUGAUUUUAAUUAGACCGUGGACUGAUAGAGACCUUUAUAGGUCUAUUAAAAUUUUAUAUGGUCAUUUUGGGAUCACUAGGAAUGAGAGUAAUUUUUCAAAGUUGUUAUUUUGAAGUUAUAGGGAUGUAGGAUUCUAGAGAUCUAGAAUUUUGAGAUUUGAAGAUUUGAAAAUUUGAAAAUCAGUAAAUCUUAAAAUUUAUAAAUGCGAAAUAACCUUUGCACCCUAGUCUCAAUCAAAUUACACGAAUGCGCAAGAGAACGCAAAUCACAUACAGCGAAUUGCGAGCGUAAGCCGCAAACUUGCGUCGGAAUACAGAAUUCAGUGUAAAACAGGGGGUUCAAGAUGCUGAAGUAAGGAAAGAAGCAUGUAAUAACAGUCGCAACGUGUUCCACGAGAACAGUGUCUUACACAAGAUGCUCGUAAAAACAUUAAAGUGGACAGAUACAAAGCGGCCAAUUAUGUACCGACGGUUUCCUUGAAACUGCAAGCCGCAAAAAGGGUCUAACACUAGAACCACUGACUUGAACAACAAUCACGUUUCAUAACGCUCCAUUUAGACGUAUGCAUACAUGCACCCAUAAUGUACACAUAGUCUUUUAAAAUAUGCAUAUACGGUGCCAACAAAACGUUGACUUGCGUGCGCCUUACUUCCUUGCAUGGUUAUACAUACAUAUUAGUUCAUAUGGGAACCUGGGAGUAUAGUGAUGCAGGGAUUUAGGGAUAUAGAAAUUUAGAAAUUUAAGGAUAUUGAGAUGUAGGAGGAUGAGGAUAUAGGAAUUGCAGGAUCUGUAUUUGGGAGUAUAGAAAUUUUUGGGUAUAGUUUUGGAAUAUCAAAUCUUUAUUUGAGGAUUUGUAAUGUAGGGAUUUGGGGAUAUGUGUAUGUAGGAAUCAGUUGGAACUAAAGUUCCAAAGCUAUAGUGCUUCAAGGUCUCAAAAACCAAAAGUCCAGAAGCUCCUACAGUCUCAAGGUUACAAGUUCUAGGUCUUAAAGUUAAAAGUCCAUAAGUUCCAAAGACCUCAAACUGUAAAGAUCCCAAGGUCUCAGAAUCCAAUGCUACCAAAGAUCCAUAAGUCCAAGACAAUAGCUUCCAAGUUUCAAGGUUACUAGUCCUAGGUCCUAAGUUAGAAGACCAUAAAUCCCAAAGAUCUCAAACUCUAAAGAUUCCAAGGUCUCAGAAUCCAAUGCUAUCAAAGAUCCAUAAGUCCAAAGACAAUAGCUUCCAAGUUUCAAGGUUACUAGUCCUAGGUCCUAAGUGAGAAGUCCAUAAGUUCCAAAGAUCUCAAACUUUAAAGAUCCCAAGGUCUCAGAAUCCAACGCUACCAAAGAUCCAUAAGCCCAAGACAAUAGCUUCCAAAAUUGCAAUUCCAAAAUUUCCAAAACUCCAAAGAGCCAAAUUUCAAAAAUCCAAAAAUCUUGAAGCUUGAGAACUUCUAAAAUCCCUAAGUCCCACCAAUCCAAACUUAACUGGUGCUAUUUCUUGUCUUGUAAUGCCGUCAUAUGUACAUUGUAGGUUAAAUAAACGAGGAUCCAUACACGAUGGAUCACGAAGGAUCGAGGAGAGCUCGACGCUUGGCGCGAAGCGGAAUUCGGAUCGUGAAAGGUGGGGGAAAGAAAGACGCUCGGUCGAGGAAAAGCUCUUUACUGCCGGCCGAAGCGCGUACGCUCCAUCUCCAGGCUAUCGAGCGCGCGGAGCGGCGCCGACCAGCUCCAGUUGUAGCUGAGCCGCCGCGACGAGACGAGAUCGCAGCGGCGGCGUACCUCUGCGUCCCUUCCCUAUUUCGCCGCCCCCUUUACCGCCGUUCCUCGCGAUCUCACACGACUCCCGACUUCUGCACGGGUCAAAAGUGCUCCUCGCCGAGGAUUUCGUACGAGGUUCUUCACCGCGCGUGUUCUCUCGAACUGUGAGGAAGAUUCUUCAGGGUACAAUUUGCUUUCGAGAACGUAUCAUUAUAACGGGGAUCGUUUUGAUCAACAUAUCGGUGCACGUUCCGUUUAGACGUUCAAGGAUAUUGUAUGUGCUGAUUUGCGAAAUGUGUGAAUGGUUUUGUUGCGUAUCUCGUUUUUGGUUGCACCGUGAUUUAUCGAUACCACUUUCUCUGUAACCUGGUGAUUUAUUACUUUGCAUACGGAGAUACGUAGAGAUUGAUGAAGCAAUUCAAUGGAUUGCUGAAUCGUUUUUCUGUUUGUGAUUUUGAUUGCGGAUUCCCAAGAGAUUCUGCAAUUUGUUUUACAGCAGAUCUCGUGGUUUGGAAAUUCUUCGUUUGAGCCGAACGUGCACCAGGUUGUCGGACAAUUUUCGGAUCAAAGUUUAGUAGCACGUUUUACGAUCAUGCACAUUGCACUUCGAUAAGUUGUAUUUCCAAAGUUUGUGAGUGAAAUCGUGAAAGGUAAAAAUUGGUAAAUCAUUAUGGGAUCGAGAAUAAAACUAAAGGUAAACCUGAUUGGUAAAAAUUUAUCUGAUAUUGUAUAUCAAUAUUGGGUAUUUUAGACUUAUUUGCAGUAGUAUAAUUUUGAUUGUAAUGUUUCCAUAAAGUGCUUCUUGUAUGAUCUAUAUCGUGUUACCAAAUUUCGGACAAAUUAUCCGACACCCUAUAUAAUCAAGAACGAUCAACCCUGUAGUAUGUAGACAGUGGCGGAUUUAGGUUUCAGGGUGCCCGAAGUAUAUUAUCUAAAUAAGAUGAAUAAUAAAAGUAUAAGUAACAUUAUGACCAAAUAACUUCAUUGAUAAUAAUUACACGUAUCAUAACAUAUGUUACCUACCGAAUUAACCAAAGAAUUAUUAAAACUUCUUACAAAUAUUUUAACAAACUUCCCAGUUAAAUUUUCUCAAAAAGCCUUGCACGAAACAACUGUAUUCCACAUGUUCAUUCACGUAGAAUCUGAUAGUUUGUACCGCCAUUUUCGGACACCCUGUAUAAAUUAAUAUCACCGUGGGUCCCCAUUUCACGGGACCCCAUAAAGGCUGCACCGCGUUCGCAUAAAUCCGCCACUGUCCGGACAAGAUUCCGUCGCGGUACACAAAGUGCGAGCAACAGUCUCUGAGUCAACCUCGUUUGAUUUUCACGAAGAAGUGAAAGUACCGCGUGGCCAAACACGAUCGAGGGCCGAAGAAGCGUUCAUCUCGAUGAGCAGAAGCACGUGCUGGCUCGAGUAGCGUGGUCAGAGUGGAUGUGAACGGGGGUCAGAGACUGGACCAAAGAGACAAUGAGGCUGCAAGAGGUGAACGUCGUUUGCUUGGUCCUGCUGAUCCUGCGAGUAUCCUGGGCGGACCAGUCGCAGUAUGGCAGGACCGAGUGCCCCCAUAAGUGCAUGUGCUUCGGGAGUACCGUGCGGUGCAUGUUUCAGAAGCUCAACCGUGUACCACGGGUACCAACCAACACCACCGUUCUAGAUCUGCGGUUCAACAACAUAGCAGAGCUCCGUCCCGGUUCCUUCUACGGUCUCCCAGAGUUGCACACUCUGUUGCUUAACGAUAAUCGUCUGAGACAUCUGCCUGCAAGGAUCUUCGAGGGUGCGCCGAAGCUGAGGAUCCUCUACCUCUACAAAAACCGCAUCGAACGUAUCUCCCCGGGUGCGUUCUCCGGCCUGCCGAAAUUAGAACAACUGUAUUUACACUACAACCAACUGCGGGAGAUCAAGAAAGGAACAUUCAAUGAUUUACCGUCGUUGGAGAGAUUGUUCCUGCACAGCAACAUGCUGCAUCACGUUCCCGCCGACGCGUUUCAUAACGUGGGACCCAUGACACGGCUUCGCCUCGACAGCAAUGCCCUCGUUUGUGACUGCAACCUGGUCUGGCUUGUGCACAGGCUUCAAAGCAAAUCCUCGGAGAUGGCGGCCAUUUGCCAGGCACCCGACGAGAUGAAGGGACGCUCGCUGACGACCAUGUCCCCUGACGAUUUCCAUUGCAGUAAGCCACGCAUAAUGAAUGGUCCGCAGGACGUAGAAGUCAGAUUGGGCGGUACCAUAAGCUUCACUUGCGAGGUGAUAGGCGACCCAGCACCGGAGAUCAAAUGGAUGCGGGACUCGAACGAGGUAUCCCCCGACGGAAACCGCUACGUGAUCCAGAAAGACGGAACGCUGAUAAUAUCUGACGCGACGGAGCAAGACAACGGGGAGUACGAGUGCGUGGCUAAAAGCGAGAUGGGCUCUACGAAGUCCAGGAAGGCCCGGGCGUUGAUCACGGUGUCUCCGUCCCUGAGAUUCACCCAAUUACCGGAAUCUCAAACCGUUCAAGUCGGUUCGGACGUCUCCUUCGAAUGCAGAGUCGAGGGACAACCCACGCCUCGUGUCCAAUGGUGGCGAAACGGUCAGUUGUUGAACGUGGGUGGUCGAAUCUUCAUCGAGGAUGACGGCAACGUGUUACGAAUCGUUGCCGCGAAGGAGUCCGACUCGGCGAGAUACGUUUGUCAAGCGAGAAACUCUAACGGAUACGCCGAAACCAGCGCGGACUUGAGGGUAGUCGAUACCUCUUACAGUCCUCCUAGGAUGACGUACGAGCCUCAUGACAUGGAGGCGGAACCUGGAACCAUAAUUGAGGUGCCCUGCAGGGUUGAAGGUGUUCCGAAACCUGUAAUACAAUGGAAGAAGGAUGGAACAGCCGUGGAAGGGGACAGAGUACGAAUAUCCCGCAAGGGUAGCUUAUACCUUUAUAAUGUUACCUCUACGGACACUGGCAGAUACGAAUGCUCAGCCGUGAACCAAUAUGGGCGCGCAACUGCUCAAGCAUUGGUACGCGUUCGCCAGCCUGAGGCGACAGAUGUUCUGGUGAUAAGAGCAUUCAAGGACGCCACGGAGGAAAUUGAUCGCGCCAUAAAUAACACCUUGAUAAGCCUCUUCAGCGGUGACGGGUCCGCGCGAGUGAGUCCAUUCAGACUCGCGCGUUUUCCGGACGCCGUUGGUCGCGCCGCGGCCAGACCUGCGGAAGUUUUCGAACGAACUUUAGUUAAUAUUCGACGUAUGAUAAAUUCUGGUAUCAGCGCGAAUGCUACGAACGAAUUUAGAUACGAAGAAGUUCUGACCGCGGAACAGGUCAGAGAAAUCGAGAGACUGUCAGGAUGCACGGGCCACAGGCACCGUCAGAACUGCACGAACAUGUGCUAUCACACCAAAUACCGCAGCAUAGACGGCAGCUGCAACAAUCUGCGCCACCCCACCUGGGGUUCCUCGUACACCGGCUUCCGCAGGGUGCUGCAACCAAUUUACGAGAACGGAUUUUCAUCACCGGUUGGAUGGGAGAAAGGACGUAGUUACUAUGGAUACCCGAAGCCUGCCGCGCGGCUGAUCUCCACUACCUUGGUGGCCACUCACAACGUGACUUCCGACGAAAGGAUCACGCACAUGGUGAUGCAGUGGGGUCAAUUUCUGGACCACGAUUUGGACCACGCUCUGCCGUCGGUCUCCAGCGAGUCUUGGGACGGCAUCGAUUGCAAGAAGUCCUGCGACAACGCUGCGCCUUGUUUCCCCAUGGACGUUCCACCGGGUGAUCCUAGGGUGAACAACAGAAGGUGCAUUGACUUCAUCAGGACCAGCGCGGUCUGCGGUUCGGGCGCAACCAGCGUGUUGUGGGGCAGCUUCACCCCUCGCGAACAAUUGAACCAACUCACCAGCUACAUGGACGCUUCUCAAGUGUACGGCUACGACGAUGCCUUAGCCAGGGACCUGCGAGACCUCACCACGGACCACGGUUUGCUAAGAGAAGGACCAACCUUUCCCGGCCAUAAACCGCUGCUCCCCUACGCCUCCGGUCAGUUCGUCGAUUGCCGAAGAAACCCUCUCGAGAGCUCCAUCAACUGCUUCGUAGCCGGUGAUAUUCGAGCGAACGAGCAGAUCGGUCUCCUAGCGAUGCACACGAUAUGGUUGCGAGAGCACAACCGCAUCGCCCGCAGUCUACGCGAGAUGAACCCCCAUUGGAACGGGGAGAAGCUGUACCAGGAGGCUAGGAAGAUCGUCGGAGCCGAGAUGCAGCACAUCACGUAUCAGCAGUGGAUACCCCACGUGUUCGACGGUACUGCGGAGGAACUUCUGGGUCCGUAUCGAGGAUACGAUCCUAAUUUGGACGCGAGCAUUUCCAACGUCUUCGCCACUGCUGCUCUCAGGUUCGGUCAUACGUUGAUACAACCUCGACUUCAACGUCUUAAUUCUUCCUUCCAGUCGAUACCUCAAGGUCCCCUUAAACUGCGAGACGCGUUCUUCGCGCCGUGGAGGUUGGUCGAAGAGGGUGGCGUUGAUCCUCUGAUGAGAGGGAUGUUCGCGACGGCGGCUAAAUUGAAAUUACCCGAAGAGAAUCUCAACACGGAACUGACCGAGCAGUUGUUCUACUCCGCGCACGCGGUGGCUCUUGAUCUUGCGGCGAUGAACAUCCAGCGUGGCAGAGAUCACGCUCUGCCAGGAUACCUGGAAUGGAGGCGAUUCUGUAACAUGACGCACGUGGAGACCUUCGAGGACUUGGCCGGCGAAAUACGCAGCGCCAGAGUUAGGCAAAAGUUGAGGGAACUGUACGGUCAUCCUGGGAAUAUAGAUGUCUGGGUCGGUGGAGUUCUGGAGGAUCAGCUACCGAACGCUAAAGUGGGUCCUCUGUUUAAGUGUCUUCUGCUGGAGCAAUUCAGGCGUACUAGAAACGGCGACAGGUUCUGGUACGAGAGUCCCACUGUCUUCAAACCGGACCAGCUUGCUCAGAUCAAGCAGACGAGCUUGGCUAGGAUCCUCUGCGACAACGGGGACCAGAUCGAUCGAAUACAACCUAACGUGUUUGUACUGCCGGAGGGUGACAACAAGUUCGUUACCUGCGACGAGAUACCGUAUGUGGAUCUGAGGGUCUGGUCCGACUGCUGCGAUGGCUGCGAGGAUCAGAGUAACACCAUUUCGCGGUUCAGACGCAGCGCAGCCAAGUACUCGCUGGCGCAGAAUAAUUUUGUCGCCAAGGAUGUGGAGGGGCUAGGUCCAAGGGAGAUGAUAGAGCAUCUGGAAAGAACGAUUAAGGAGACGGAGCAACAGUGUAGGAACGUAAAGGACCUCGCAGAAUCUUUGUCUUAUAGAAUAGAAGAGUUGAAGGAUCUUUUAGAGGAUAUUAAAAAAUCACAGUAAUAAAAUCGUUCAGACACAUCCUAGACAAUCCUUCUUUACUCGUAAGAGAUAUUAUGGAUUUGUUUUAUUUUGAAACAUCGGCAUAUCUUGAGAAAGAUGUAAAUGCCAGAGCUUGGAUGUCCUCUGUUAGAUUCUUUCAGGGUUCGUUAAAUUUGCACUUUUAUUAAUUGUACAUACACCACGGAUUGACAAAGUACGAUCGAGUGGAAAGAUUCUUUGUUGCCUUCUUUCGAGCUCGACUUACGGUAAUCGUUUGCUAAACGAGCGUUCGAUAAAUGAACGUUAGCAUUUAACGAGCGGUUACUGUACUUAGGUGUCUGUUAUUAUCUCUAGUCUUAUAUGCGAUAUCUUAGACACCCUGCCAAGGAAAGUAUAUACUGCCCCAUUUUACUCGUGUUGCAAGAAUAUACUUAAAAUCGAUGUAAUCUUUGCCUCAAAUUAUCUUGUUCGUGAUAAAAAAUUGUCGGUCGUGUAAUAUGUUCAAUGAUGUUUAAAAUGGGGCAACUCGUUUUCGUUUUUAAUAUUUUUAUUUUUUAUUUUGAACAUUCUUUUACUGCAAAUAUUACGCUUCGCUUUUGUAGCAUAGUAUAGGGACAUUUUAACAUUUACAUAUAUCAAAUUAUUUAUGUAAUCGACUUUAUUAAAACGAAUGUAUAAUGGACUAUUUGAAUUUAAUGUUUUGAAGAUAAUGAAUACUUUGUUAUCUUUUGUGACAUUUUGCCUUGUUAACAGUACAAGAUACAUAUCAUUUUACUUGUAUCUAUUAAUUAUUGAUAAUGUAAAAAUGUGACUUUUAAAUGAGGUUUAUGUCCAGCAUAAACAAUGAGAUGCUUUUUUUUUUAAGACAAUUAUUAUAUAAAUAUAUGUAUUACUUAAUAGAUCCAACUUUGGUAUAGAUUACUAUGUAUCAAAAAACAGGACAUUUUUUAUGACGUGCCAUUAAGCAU